CUUGUACGAGUCAACAUAAGGGCCAGUCUGUGUUUUGACUUUGAGUUGUCGCUGUCGUUACCGUCGCUAGCAGAACACGAACAUGUCGAGAAAUCUAAAAUACUACUACGACCUAAUGUCGCAGCCUUCGAGGGCGCUUUGGAUUUUCCUCGAGAAAACCAAACUGCCCUACGAAAAGUGUUCAAUCAAUCUGGGCAAAGGAGAGCAUCUGACCGAGGAGUUUAAGGCGAUCAAUCGCUUCCAAAAGGUGCCCUGCAUUACGGACAGCCAGAUCAAGCUGGCGGAAAGUGUGGCCAUCUUCCGGUACCUGUGCCGGGAGUACCAGGUGCCGGACCACUGGUAUCCGGCCGACUCGCGCCGCCAGGCCCUGGUGGACGAGUACCUCGAGUGGCAGCACCACAAUACGCGCGCGACCUGCGCGAUCUACUUCCAGUACGUGUGGCUGCGGCCGCGCAUGUUCGGCACCAAGGUCGACCCGAAGCAGGCGGAAAAGUACCGGGGGCAGAUGGAGGGCACGCUGGACUUUAUCGAGCACGAGUAUCUCGGGUCGGGAGCUCGGUUCAUCGCGGGGGACGAGAUUACCGUGGCCGAUCUGCUUGCGGCCUGCGAAAUCGAGCAGCCGAGAAUGGCUGGCUAUGAUCCGUGCGAGGGUCGUCCAAACCUAACCCAGUGGAUGGCACGAGUCCGCGAAUCGACCAAUCCGUACUACGACCAGGCGCACAAGUUAGUGAACAGAUUUGCCCAGGAGACGGCUAGCAAAGCUAAGCUGUAGCCUUACAACAGAGAGGAUUGUUGCAGGAGGAGACGUACAGACUAGUGAUGGAAUAAGUGAUGAAUGUUUUCUAGAAUCGAUUCAGGAAUAGGCUCCGAAAUCGGAAUCGGCUCCGGAAUCGAAAUCGGUUCGGGAAUCAAAAUCGACUUCGAAAUCGGCGUUAGUUUCGGCAUUUCCAUAAGAAUAGGCGUUUGGGUCCAAUGAUGUAUUAAGAGCUGCAAAGAAUCAAAAUUUACUUGUAAACGAUCCAUUCUUAUGGAGAUUCCCGGACAAAUUUCGCUUCUGGAACUUCAUAUGUCAAUUCAAGAACUCGAAGGACCUACCCGAUUCCGAGCUCUCACCACCAGUACAGACACAAAGCACAAACUGCACAAACUGCUUACAAAUAUACACCUUUUACGGAA